AUGCUGUCUCAAGCCAGGACCAUCUUCCGCAAGCUUCGUGGUAGUAACAGCCGUAGUAGCCGUGGCAAGGAGCCCGCGCCAUCCGCGCCGGCCACAACGGUAGAGAGCGGAAUUGUUGACCCAUCCCCUCGCGCCAUCCAUGUUAGCGAUGCGAAGCGGUCACCCACCAAGCUCCCCCGUAAGCCCUAUUCCGAUGCACAGUCCAUAACCAUGAUCGUCGUGGAUACUAAAGGCGCCACCGACUACUGGAAGUUGUAUAGGCUACUCCUAAGAGAGAAGAAAUACGGCUACGAGUUCGACCCUACAGACGAGCCCGAGACAGAUUACUUUUGCGGCAAUUAUAUCUAUAAUGUCUGCUUUAUCCCGCCUAGCACCUCAAGUGCUUACUACUGCCUUAUGCAACAUAUCUGUCUCGUCUUCACGUACGACGCUUCAUCGAGGGACUCGUGGGACGAAGUAGUCGCCGUCUACGAGAGGAUACGUAACCGCUACAAAGACGGGGUCCUUCCCUUUCUUACGAUAAUGAUCGCCGCUAUAGACGAAGGUGAAGCCUCCGUGUCGCACGCGGAAGCCGAGGCGUUUGCAACCCAGCGGGACUAUCUCUUUAUUAAGUUCUCGCCUACAACUGGGCGCGGCAUCUGCGAUGCGGUCGGCUUGGUAGUUGAACUGGCGUAUGGCGCUCGUGAUCAAUAUACUAUGGAUAAGAAGGGUUAUGCCCAGAGAUAG